GCAAUAAAGACUAGGUCAUUUCUACCUUCCAACCUUCGGAUCGUGUUGGGAGGGCGUGUUGGUGGGAAGCUAGGUAAUGAUUUGUCACGCCGAACGCCUGGAGUAGCCGUCAAACCAAUUCUGCUGGAAACUCUAGCUGUGAUUGACAGCAGGGUCGCGGGGGGCCUUUCUGCUCUCUGUUGACAGUAAUAAUGAGGCUUUCUCAAAGCUUGAUGGACAUGGAAAUGCCAGACUACAGUGAGUCCCUUGACUCCUCGUACACCAUGUUGGAGUUUGACAGCUUGCGGGUGCUGCCCACAAACUCAUCAGAUGCCAUCGCUUCUGAGUUGGGCAACAGCACUUUGCUCCUGAAUGGGGUCCAUUCAUUAUGUGCCAUCUGUGGCGAUCGAGCAACUGGGAAGCAUUAUGGGGCUUCCAGCUGUGAUGGCUGCAAAGGGUUCUUCAGAAGGAGUGUCCGCAAGAAUCAUGUCUAUUCGUGCAGGUUCAGCCGACAAUGUGUGAUAGACAAGGACAAGAGGAACCAGUGUCGAUACUGCCGGCUGAAGAAAUGUUUCCGAGCCGGAAUGAAAAAAGAAGCUGUGCAGAAUGAGCGUGACAGGAUAAGUAUCCGGCGAAGCAGCUAUGAGGACAACGGGGCCCUCUCCAUCACUGUUCUGACCCAAGCAGAAGCAAUGGCACAGCAGUAUUCAGCUCUCCGUCCUGUGCACAGCGCAGACAUUGCCAUGAAGAAGAUUGCAACCAUCAGUGAUGUGUCCGAAUCCAUGAAACAGCAGCUCUUGGUCCUGGUUGAGUGGGCCAAAUACAUCCCGGCCUUCUGUGAGCUUCCUCUGGAUGACCAGGUUGCCUUACUAAGAGCUCAUGCCGGAGAACACCUACUUCUGGGAGUUGCAAAGCGAUCUAUACCAUACACCGAUUUUCUGUUAUUAGGAAAUGACUUCAUUAUCCCCAUGCAAUGCCCAGAGCUUGAAAUUGCCCGUGUGGCUACGAGGAUCCUAGAUGAACUAGUGAAACCUUUGCGAGAAAUCCAGAUCGAUGAGAACGAAUAUGCCUGCCUUAAAGCCAUUGUAUUCUUUGACCCAGAUUGCAAAGGCUUGAGUGAAGCCGGAAAGGUGAAAAACAUGCGUUUCCAGGUCCAGGUGAACCUUGAAGAUUACAUCAAUGACCGGCAGUACGACUCCCGAGGGAGGUUCAGUGACAUUCUCCUGCUCCUUCCCCCACUUCAAAGCAUCACUUGGCAAAUGAUUGAACAGGUCCAGUUUGUCAAGCUCUUUGGAGUGGCCAGAAUUGACAGCCUGCUUCAGGAGAUGCUUCUAGGAGGAACAUCCAUGGAAGUGCCACAGUACCCAUCAGGGCCUUCUGGCCUCAGCAUAGAAUCUCUUCCAGGACACAUUGUGCUACCCAGCAACAUCAGUUCUGUAAUUCACACUGUUUCAGUCUCGUCUCCUGAAACAUCCCUUCCUUCUCCUUCCACCAGUACUGGCAGUGAAGACUACAAGAUGGGUCCAGCCCCUGGGUCUGAAGUGCCUACACCACUUUUGCCUCAAGCAAUUAUACCUAAACAGGAGAUUCUUUAAAGAAGAAAAAAAGCCAAGCUCAAGACAAUCAACCAUAAAACAUUCCCAGCCUUUAAGUCCAAACAGCCUGGUUCUCCCAUCGCCAAGGGCUUUCAACUGUCAAAACGGAAUCGUUCAGCAAACAUUUGAGAACUUACCCACCACCAUUGUCCGUUUCCUCUUCCUACUUCUGCGUCAAUGGGGAUCAAGUAGAAUGCAUACACAGAGACUGUUCUCUGUGCUGUGGUUCCAUCUUCUUUGUUAUGCUUUGUGUGUUCCCAACAAUGCCCGUAUAUGUGCAGAUUAGGACCCAAACAGUAGGCAGACCCAAACACAUACAUAACAUUGCUUCCUGUGUGAGCUGAUUUGCAUCCUAGGUUUCUCUGCUGCCCUUCAGUUCCAAGCAGCCCCUGGGAGAUUCCAUAAACCCAGUGAAUGAAUCAUUGAGUCCUGCUGCCAAAGUCCCAAUUGGCUCUAAAACCCUCAAGUAGCAUCCACAGAAAGAGAUCCCCUGACAUUAUUAGCAUAAUAGACAAGAGGUAUCAUUUCUAGCUCUUCUGCAAUUGCUAGGGAGCAUGCUGUACAUCAAAACUUGGCAGCAUGUGGUUUAUUUUCUGUUACACUCCCAUCUGUUGUGUCGUUAUUGAAGCAGAAGGCAAGGCCGGUUUGGCGAGAAUCCAAAACAAGGGGAUUGGUUCCACACAGAUAAAAGAGCCAUUUUGACUGAUGUGCACCCAAUGUUAUUUCUUGUGAUUUAUGGGGUUUCUCUUCUAUUUCCCCACCCCCCUUUUUAUUUGGACAGCAUACUAUCGGAACCUGUCAACUUGUUUUUAUCAUUUUUAAAAGCUGUCAGUAUGUGAAAAUAGGUAUAUGUGCUUAAGAUAAAUAAAGUGAUAAACCAAUACAUAAUGGGGUAAACAUGUAUGAUUAGUACUUCAGCAUUCCUACUACUUUUUGUACCCUUAGGGUGUCUUUGUACUGCUAUCACGUGUGCCUCUCAGAUCAUGCGGUGUAUUAGUUUAGAAUGACUGGUCUAAAUACAGUGGCUCCUCGCUAGA